AUGGGGGGACCCGGACCGCAUUCCCACAGCGGGACCCGCACCGCGUUCCCCACGGGGGGAAACCGGACCGCGUUCCCCACAGGGAGAAACCGGACCGCGUUCCCCACAGGGAGAAACCGGACCGCGUUCCCCACGGAGGGAAACCGGACCGCGUUCCCCACGGAGGAAACCGGACCGCGUUCUCCACGGGGGGAAACCGGACCGCGUUCCCACAGCGGGAAACCGGACCGCGUUCUCCACGGGGGGAAACCGGACCGCGUUCUCCACGGGGGGAAACCGAACCGUGUUCCCCACGGGGGGAAACCGGACCGCGUUCCCACAGCGGGAAACAGGACCGCGUUCCCCACAGCGGGACCCGGACCGCGUUCCCCACGGGGGGAAACCGGACCGCGUUCCCCACAGGGAUCCGGACCGCGUUCCCCACGGGGAGAAAUAGGACCGCGUUCCCCACGGAGGAAAACCGGACCGCGUUCCCCACGGGGGGAAACAGGACCGCGUUCCCACGGAGGGAAAUCGGACCGCGUUCCCUACGGGGAGAAACCGGACCGCGUUCUACACGGGGGGAAACCGGACCGCGUUCCCCACGGGGGGAAACCGGACCGCGUUCCCCACGGGGGGAAACCGGACCGCGUUCCCCACGGGGGGAAACCGGACCGCGUUCCCCACAGCGGCCGGGAGCCGGACCGCGUUCCCCACGGGGGGAAACCGGACCGCGUUCCCCACGGGGGGAAACCGGACCGCGUUCUCCACGGGGGGAAACCGGACCGCGUUCCCCACAGAGGGAAACCGGACCGCGUUCCCCACAGCGGGACCCGGACCGCGUUCCCCACGGGGGAAACAGGACCGCGUUCUCCACGGGGGAAAACCGGACCGUGUUCCCCACGGGGGGAAACCGGACUGCGUUCUCCACAGGGGGAAACCGGACAGCGUUCUCCACAGCGGGACCCGGACCGCGUUCCCACAGCGGGAAACCGGACCGCGUUCCCUACACGGGGACCAGCACCGCGUUCACACAGUGGGAUCCGCACCGCGUUCCCCACAGCGGGACCCGGACCGCGUCCCCACAGCGGGACUGCAUUCCCACAGCGGGACCGGCACCGCGUUCCCCACAGCGGGACCCGCUCCGCGUCCCCACAGCGGGACCCGCUCCACGUUCCCACACAGGGACCCGGACCGGGUUCCCCACAGCGGGACCCGCACCGUGUUCCCACAGCGGGAGCCGCUCCACGUUCCCCACAGCGGGACCGCUCCGCGUUCCCACAGCGGGACCCGCUCCACGUUCCCCACAGCGGGACCCGCUCCAUGUCCCCACAGCGGGAGCUGGCGGCUCGCAAGGCGGGCCCAGCGCCGCGCCCGCUCUGCCCUCUGGCGGCCGCCGCGGCACCCGCAGCGCUGCGCGUUCACAGCGGCGCCGCCACCGGGAGCGCGCACGGGACAAACCCUCUGAAUAAUUAG